AUGGCUACUACCGCAGGAUCUCGCAAUCAAACAAACGGUGUUCUCUCCGUUACAGCUACACAGACAUCGGGUAGUACUUCCAAGCAAACUGCUAGCAAGCCAGCAAGUUCCAAGUUGAAGCUUAUCGUCCGUAGACUAGCUCCAGGAUUGACGGAGGUGGAGUUCUUUUCUGUUCUUGGUGAUGAAUGGAAAGUAGGGCAAGGAAAAGUUGAUUGGUUUCAAUACAAAUUGGGGAAAGAUUCUAAAGAUCCUUCCAAGCCAUCCCGACCUUCUCGAGCAUAUUUACACUUAACAAGUGGUGAUCACCUCUUACCAUUUUCAGAAGUCGUGCGAAAAUCCAGUUUUGAAGAUGCAAAGAAUACAUAUACAGAUUCGUGUCUCAUUGGACCACCCUCCGUUGAAUUUGCGCCUUACAGUAGAGUCCCUGCAGGUCUUAAACGUCGUACAGAUGCUCGGGCAGGAACAAUCGAUCAGGAUCCAGAAUUCAUGGCAUUUUUGGAAGGAUUGGCUAAUCCAGUUACUACAAAAGAAAUCGGCGCAGAUGGCGAAGAUCCUCCAACAGGAAAGCCCGAGAAAGUUACUGUGACACCAUUGGUUCAAUUCUUGAAGGACAAGAAGGCCAACAAGACGAAGGAAUCGGCAGCAAAGGCAGCGAAGAAACAAGAAACUCCGAAGUCCAAAGCGAAGGAAGGAUCAGGUUCGACAGAUGAUAGUAGAAAGUCCAACAAAGAUCCUAAGACCGACAAAGUCGCGGCCACGCAAGAGGCUGUCAGGAUUUUGAACAGAGAAGCUGCCAAAAAAGUAGCUGCAACGUCCUCCUCUGCGGCUACUUCAACAAGUACCGAGAAGAACGUACCCAAGCUUGAUACUUCUAAAAUUCCUGCUAAUGAAAGGCAAGCCGUUGUUGCUGCUCAUGUUCGCAUGCUACACCGUGAUCUCGGACUUAGUCCCUCCCAGGCUCACCGCCGUAUCAAACGUGAUACAGCUAGUGCGGUAAAAGCUGAGGCUUCUGAAAAGUCCACGUCUACUCCUAGUAAUACCGCAUCUUCUCCAUCUACUCCUACAACACCCACUGGUCCCAAAGUACCUCCAGCCCAGCCUAGUGCUCAAUCAGGUAGCCGAAGAUCUAGAAGAGGUAACCAAAAGAAUACUACUGAAUCUUCUGCUACCAAGGGGCCGACAACCACUGCUUCGGCCCCAACUACACCAAUGGUCCUACUACGAAAGUUCACCACUCAACAACGACCUGAACAACAACCAAGUACCGCGACUUCUCAAUCUUCAUCUACACCUCAAGCUCCACCGAAAGCGCCUCCGAAAGCGCCUCCGAAAGUCAAUCCCCCUGCAGCUCCAGCUCCAGCCGCGGUGCAACCUCAACAAGCCACUCCUAAUCGAGGAUCAAAGGCUCAAGUGGAUGUUCCACCUAAAGGUGCCCGACAAGCUUUCAUAAAACAUGCCAACCCAUCUCAAGGGGUAACUGAAUUAUUGUUAAAGGAAGCAUUGGAAAAAUUUGGUAAAGUUUCCAUGGUUGAGAUAGAUAAAAAGAAAGGCUUCGCAUAUGCAGAUUUUGAAGAUCAUGAAGGUCUAAAGAAAGCAAUGGCUGCAAACCCCGUUUCCGUCGCACAGGGAACUGUUCACGUUAUGCAACGAAAGGGAAAUCAAUUACCACGUGCUGGCCCAGCUCCUAGAGCUCCUGCUCCUCCACCUGCUAGUCCGGCUUCUCGUGGUGGUAGAGGUGGAGCUAUAGGCAGGAGGGGUGGUAGAAACGGUGGUGGGAGAGGUCGCGCAGAUGCUCCGGCUGCGGAUUCCCCAAAGCCUUCUCCAAUUGCUGUUGCCCCCACAGGACCAGCUCCAAAGUGA